AAGAUUGCCAUCUCUCGAAUUUACAAAUUUGAGCUCUUAGGCCCAACGUACUCAACAUCAAUACACAUCCAAAUAGUUUUUGUGUUUUCAGUAAUUCGCCAAAAUGUCUAAAAGGCAUAUUGAUGACUCAAGCAGUGGGCAGCCGCCCAUCAAGAAGAUCCACUUUGAACCUCACCUUAUCGGACCAGUUUCCACUCUGGAAGAGAUGGACAUAAAAGUGUUACAGUUCCAAAAUAAGAAAUUGGCUCAGAGGAUUGAGCAAAGGUUGAGGACAGAAGCUGAGCUGCGGCAGAGGAUUGAGCAGUUGGAGAAGAGGCAGACCCAGGACGAUGCCGUUCUUAACGUGGUUAAUCGCUACUGGAAUCAGCUGAAUGAAGACAUCCGUGUUUUGCUUCAGCGAUUCGACGCGGAAACUGCGGAUGAAUCCGAGAACAAGAACGAGAAUGAGGCGACCACGUCUUUCCUCAUGCAAUUGUCCACAUGGGAUAAGGAGGAACUGGAUGAUAAAUUGGCGAAUCGCGUGCAGGUCUCCAAAAGGGCCGUGGCAAAAGUCAUUCAAGCAUUCGAUCGGCUGAUGCAGCGCAACGAGAAAAUUACGUUGGCGUUGAAGGGUGAACUCGAAGGGCAGGAUGCCCCCGCGGUGGACGAGGUGAUCAGAGAUGCCAAUGUGCAGCUACAGGCGGAGAACCAUCAUCUCCAGGGCAUGCAUACCUCGCUGCAGGAGAAGUACCACAACAUUAGCUUGAGGAUGUCUGGUCUUCAGGACUCUGUUACGGCCAAGGAAACGGAAAUCGCUGAGUUAAAGAACCAGAUAGACGAUUUGCAGUACGAUUUGGAUAAGGUCAGGACGAGGAACGAUAAAUUGGAGAACCAUUUGGGCGAGGCUAUUGAGAAACUGAAGAUCUAUCAUCACAUGCACGGAGAUCCGGAGAAGACUGGAGAGAAGUCUAGCAACAAGCAGGUCGUUCAGAGCAACGUUCCUCAGGCUAAAUUGGAAGAUCUCACCAAGGAGGUCGAGGAAUGGCGCGAGCUGGCGAACAACAGGCUGCAGGAACUCGACAAAUUACACCAGACCCAUCGCGAAACUCUCAAGGAAGUUGAAAAACUAAAAAUGGAUAUCCGACAAUUACCUGAAAGUGUUAUAGUGGAGACGACUGAGUACAAAUGUUUGCAAUCGCAAUUCUCUGUGCUUUAUAACGAAUCUAUGCAACUCAAGACUCAACUGGACGAGGCCCGACAACAAUUACAGACUAGCAAGAACGUACAUCUAAGGAACAUUGAAAUGAUGGAGAGCGAAGAAUUGAUUGCUCAAAAGAAAUUAAGACAAGAGGUUAUGCAACUGGAAGAUGUUUUGGCACAGCUGAGGAAGGAGUACGAAAUGCUGCGGAUCGAGUUCGAACAGAAUUUGGCCGCAAACGAACAAACCGGACCCAUUAACAGAGAAAUGAGACAUUUGAUCACUUCACUGCAAAACAAUACACAACAAUUGAAAGGUGAAGUGCAGAGGUACAAAAGGAAAUACAAGGAAGCGAACGGUGAAAUUCCGAAGUUGAGGAAAGAAAUCGAAGAUUUGCAAGCUAAGUUGGAGCAGCAACAGAACGCAGCACAAGACACGAAGGAGGUGUUCAAGCAGGAAGUAGUUAAGGAGGAGGAUAACGCCGGCUCUGAAUCGUCGGCGCAGAUCAAAGAAGAAUCGUCUGCACAAUCAGUUAAGAAAGAGGAGGAUGAAGGUGAACAGACUGAAGAUGCGGGAGGCAGUGAAAAGCCAACCGACGGUGGAGCCGCAGGGUCUCCGACUAUUAAGAAGGAGGGCGUGAAAGUGGAGAAAGGAACAGUUAAGAAGGAAGCGGUCGUUAAAACAGAGAAAGAUAAUAGAGAUGCCCAAAGAGCCAAAGAAGCUAAGAUUGCUGAGAAUGAAAUGAUCAGGGAUUUGAAGGCGCAAUUGAAGAAAGCUCUGAAUGAGCAGAAAGAGAUGAAAUUACUACUGGAUAUGUAUAAAGGAGUUAGUAAGGAACAGCGGGAUAAGGUGCAGCUCAUGGCGUCCGAAAAGAAACUGCGAACGGAAAUCGACGAUAUGCGUCAACAAUUGAAGAAAGUCCAGGAGAGCAAGCGCGAGGAUCGCAAGAAGUUGGCUGACGAAGAUGCGCUUAGGAAAAUUAAGCAGCUUGAAGAGCAGAAGUACGAGCUGCAGAAGCAAGUGGCCAAUCAGAAACCUGUUGAUGGCAAUUGGGCGGGACACAAUGUGCUGCAUCAGAUGCGGCCGUUCGUUGGGUCGCACGAGGAAGAAGCUCUGCUGAACGAAAUGGAGGUGACUGGGCAAGCUUUCGAGGAUAUGCAGGAGCAAAACUCGAGGUUGAUCCAACAGCUGAGAGAAAAGGACGACGCUAAUUUUAAGCUGAUGACGGAGCGAAUCAAAUCGAAUCAGUUGCACAAGUUAGCCAGGGAGGAGAAGGAUGUUCUGAAGGAGCAAGUCUCUACGUUGACGACACAAGUGGAAGCAACGAACGUUGUUGUGAGAAAGCUUGAGGAAAAGGAGCGUAUCCUUCAGAACACUCUUGCCACCGUGGAAAAAGAAUUGGCUUUACGGCAGCAAGCUAUGGAGGUCCACAAGAGGAAAGCCAUAGAGUCCGCUCAGAGUGCAGCGGAUCUGAAAUUGCAUUUAGAAAAAUACCAUUCCCAAAUGAAGGAGGCGCAGCAGGUGGUCGCAGAAAAGACGAGUUCCUUGGAAGCCGAAGCGUACAAGACAAAGAGACUUCAGGAGGAAAUAGCGCAACUAAAACGUAAGGCAGAACGUAUGAAAAAAAUGGAAUUGGCUGGCACUACAUUAGACGAAGUAAUGAUGGAGGAAAUUCGAGAGUACAAAGAGACUCUCACGUGUCCUUCGUGUAAAGUUAAGCGGAAGGAUGCAGUGCUUUCCAAAUGUUUCCACGUUUUUUGUUACGACUGCCUUAAGACGCGUUACGAGACCAGGCAGAGGAAGUGCCCGAAGUGCAAUUGCGCUUUCGGUGCGAACGACUACCAUCGGCUAUACCUUUCCAACUAGUAUAUUUAUAUAUUUAAAUACUAAAAAUAAUUAUUUCGUAUUACCUAAGCAAAAUUGUAAAUCAUGCGAAACGAUUUUAAUAUUUAAAAUUUAUGAUUUAAUGUUCCAAUUUACAAACUAUAAUCAAUGCAUUCCUUCGGAAGGAACGCUGUCUUUCGGAAGGGAUAAAACGUUGUACAAUUUUUUUUAAUAUAUA